GUUUUAGUAGUGUCUAACCUUUAUUUGACCGCUAUCUAGUUUCGCUUUGGAAGCGAACGAGUGGAGAAGUUUUAUUUUAAUUUGUCUACCAAAUUAUGUUGUUUAUGACACGGAUCUAUGUUAAAGGGAUUCUUAAUCUUGCUGAACGACAUUUGCUGGCUGUUAACGAGGUGGUCGGUACAUGCGCUUCUCUUAAAGACGAUCCGGGUUAAAUCUCCGCUCCCGGUGCAUGUGAAUAAGAUGGCGGAAGGUGAUCCAUGGCGUGAUAAGGCGGAGCAUGAAGGUAUCCCACGUAACAGCGGCCUUUACAGUCGUCACUCUAUAGUUCAGUGUGAAAAUGCCUCACUAGAGAUGUGCACUCUGAUGAACUGUCUCGGUUAUGGGCCUCACAUCAGACAGGCACGGAGAGACGCCUACAGAGAAGCUGAUAGGCUGAAUAAUGCUCGAGGGACUGGUAUCAUAACGAUGGUCACUACUGGUAGCAAGGCAGAGGGGCUGACACGCUUUUUAGAAAGUGACGUGGAUACGAUGUAUGUUGUAGAAGGCAUCAUGUGUUUAGAAAAUGGUGUUGAUUCUGACAAAAUACCAAGGGAGACUACUGUGUUUACAUUAAUCACCGGCGUGUGCUACCACGGACACUCUAGGCUCAAUUUACUCGAGCUACGUGGCGACAUUAUUCCAUCAAUAAUUCGUGAUGCUCUGUGUGAAGAUGAAAAUGGGCGUGUCCUCCUGAGCAGUGCUUUAUUUGUUGAUGUUGAUAAUGACAGAACAUCUGCGCCAAACGUUAUUCGCCAUGAACGUGCAGGGCCAUCACUGCCGAGUUCAUCAGGGCCAUUUCAUACAGACAAUGUCUAUUCUUUACGCUGCCAUUGUCCUGUCAUACUAUCGAGAUGGGCAGAGCGAACUCGCCAUUGGCCACCACCGGAUAUCGUUCGCAAAGUCGUAACUAUGGAAUCAUUUGUGACACCUGUUGGUUUUAAGGGUAGUGAAUAUCAACAUGUAGAAUGGAGGAUUUGUUUUAAUACGGCGGAGAAUGAACUUAUGAGCAGUCUUAAUAACACCCAGGUCUACAUUUAUGUUUUAUUAAAAAUGGUUGUUAAGGAUGUGUUAAAGCCAGUAAAGAAAGAAAUUACAUCAUACACAGUGAAAAACAUUGUAUUGUGGCUUGCGGAGAACAAUCCACAGGCACAGUUCAAUGAAAGCAGUUUGUUUUAUUGGCUUCGGGAAGGAUUGGAGAAAUUAAGAACGGCAAUAUUAAAGAUCGAACUGCCAUAUUAUAUGAUACCAGAAAGGAAUCUAAUGGAAGCAUGCGGACUGGAUGAAGGACAAAAAUGUACAUGGGUAUAUACUAUCACGGACAUGAUGAACGAAGGUUCAAAUACAUUGCUAAGAUUGCCGAGGAUACGGAAGGCAAUAAUAUCGCAUCCAGAGCCACUGGCGUGGUAUAACAAGAAGAGAGUUGAGUUGGAACUGCUGGCGUUGAAUUUCCGGAACAGAACAGAACAGUGCAUGGAUAAGAAUGGUGUGAUCAAUAGGUCGGAUCCUAUGCAUCAGGCGAUAUUGAGUCGUAUAGUUGAGUUAGUGAGAGAGGUCCAUAAGAGGAUGAAUAGGGAAGGAAGUCGUUUGAAUGAUCUGAUAGAGAUAUAUGAUAUGAUGCUUAUGUAAUUGUGUUGUAAAUGCCAGUUAUUCCAUGCAAUGCAUAUUUCCAACAAUGCACUACAGAACGUAGUUAAUUAAGGGCGUCUAAACAUAAGAUAUAUAAAUAAUUCGAGGGCUGAACGGAAAACUGCAGUAUCUUCUUCUUUAUUUAAUAUGAGUUACAACAGUCUUCCGUUCAGCCUUCGAUAUGUGCUCAUGCGUGGUUUGAUACUUGGUAAUAUCAAUAGUGUUUAGUUUUCCCUUCGUAAUUCAUUUAAUUGUUCGGACGUGUAUUAUUGGUUUGUUAAGUUUUGUUUGUUAACUUAAAAAACGGUCCGUACACUUAUAAGUGUUAACAGUCAUUACGUACCGAGUAAAUGUAUAAAUCGGUAACUUUAUAAAUUCAUGCUUUAUUUCAGAUCAACUUUGUUUAUAAUAACUAUUAAUUGUCACCCAAUCUUAUUUGGAGUGCUCUGAUUUAAUCCAACAAAUGUGAAUACUUAUAGAAUCUCUGGCAUGCGUUUUUUUGUUGUACGCACAUUUGUUUGACAUGCGUUUAUAUACAUGCAUUGUGCCUUUUUUCCGUUCACAAUAGUCCUUGAUGAUGUAACAGAGAAAUUUGGUGCGUAUGACCGUUUAAACAUUAAGCUAUACAUAUUAAUAUGCAUAUGUAAUAUGGAUCGUGAAAUGCAGAGUAUCGAAAAUAAAUGUGUGUUAGUUGAUAUAAAUUACAUCUUAAUACGGGCAAAAGCCCGCGAAGCGGGCGUUGACCGUUCAUACAUAUGGGAAUUUAGACAUAAAAUUACAUAGGAAUACCACAUAUGGAUACGUCUCAAAAAAAUUUGCCACGCGACAUAUAUUUUCGCGAUGCUAUUUAUGACCUUGAAAAAAUCAAAAACACUUUGACAUAUGCUAAAUCACAUGUAAAUACAUACCUCAGGAAAAGUUAUAUCAAUGACAUCAUAAUUGUGUAGCGAAUCGCACUAAAUAUUCUCGCAUUAUUUGUUUUUCUUCGCAACCGUUCCAGAAUUAAGUCAUUACUAAAUUAUCUCCCCUGAAUGCUCUUCUUCAGUGGGUAUAAACCGAAGACUGGUUCACUACAUAUAGUGACAGUCUUUACCAAACACAAUUAAAGUGAACAUAACCCGUCUUUAAUAUAUUGCCGAAUCUCAGAUUUCUGUCGAAUUUUAAUUGCUUUGAUCUUUUCGAUAUCUUAUUGUUAUUAUUAUCCUGACAAAGCACAAACGCUUGUUAAAAAAUUAUUUGUUUUAAACAUUAUAGUUGGCAUCUCUAUUCUUCCAGUAUUCUCGCGGUAUUUCAAUUACGACACCCUACUGUUUAUUUGUCAGAAUAUGUGACGCAUUUUCCAUUCGCUCUCAGAAAGCAUUCUAUACAUAGAUGGUGACGUCACUUCGUUAUUGCCAGUAAGACCGGUGUGUACACAAUGUCUCAGAAAGAAGUUUUACGUGUGAUCAUGAGCAAUAUUCUGGCAAGUUGGCGUUGUUAUCCACCAGAAACACAUUUAUUCACAAAAUUUAAAGAUAUUCCGAUCUAACUUUUUAGUCUUUUAGCUUUAAUUUUUAACGUAUUUACACCUCGUCUGCUCGCACUUUACCGAUAUCCCCGAAAGGUUACAUAUCACUAUAAUAAGUUUAGGCCUAAAACCACAAAAUCCGAUACCGUUGGAUUUUCGUACCACAAUCUUACGUAAAAAAUCUCCCAGAUUCGAAAUCAACAAAAAACAAGACAUUUAUAAAUUGUCUGCAUUAUUGAUCAAAUUUUAAGAUAUUUGUUGGUUUUCCGUUUUUAGAAGAUGUUCUGUGAAGGCAAGAGCUGGGCAUCAUACAAGCCAUUCUAUCCAGCAAAACUGACAGUUUUGGUUUACAGAAAUCAACAAAGGAGGGAUUCCUGAACUAUCAAAUUUCCAAGCUAUACACACAGUUAUUAUCUGUGGUGAUCUUUAUUGGUUCUGUUUGUUUACUUGGAUGGAACAUGUGUGAACUUUUAUAGAACUUUGAAAAGUCUAUAUAUGUCUAUCUAUAAACAAAAAUCAGCUAUUGUAUAAUAAGAUCAGAUGUGCAAACAAUGUCAAAGGGUUGUUAAAUUAACAAUUUGAAGGCAAUUAUGCUGAAAAAAUAUGAGAGUUCCCAUGCAAAUUUUGUCUGUAUAUCAACAAGUGUCUGCCGAUAAUUGUCAAACUAGUAAUACAAAACUUACCACAAGUAUGUAAAAGCACUAAGUACCUGUGAUCAUUUUUAGUAAGAUAGUGUAAUUCUAAACAGUAGCAAAUAGCUUGUUUAGUAAAUGCAUAAUGCAAUUAAUAUGAUUUCCGUUCUAUUGUGUAAUUAAUAAAUUGGUUGUUACUUGUUAAUCCAUGAUAAAUGUUUUAUGGCUAGUACAAAACCAGCAAUGUUAAUUUAGUAAAAAGGUAAUACAAUAACACCACUUUGUAAUUUCAUAUACGUUAAUAUUCUUGAAAUGUAGGUUGAUGACAGUGUUUUAGUUUUACUUAUUUUGUAACUAUUAUUUUAUGUGCAAAUAAAUGAUGUGAAGUAUUUUGUAUCUCCACACAAUACCACAUACCUUUUUAUAUAUGUACUGUGUUGUGUGUUAUUUGAAUGUUUAAAUAAAAAAAUAUGGAUGAUAUAACAUGAUGCAUUCUAAUAUUUGCAUUCAAAUUGUAACUAUAGAGCUAAGUGUAUGCAGUUAAGACUGAUUUUAGAAUUGCUACAAAAUGGCUAGUUUUUUAGUGGCGACAAACUUUAAACUAUUAAACAAUAGUUUGGGAAAGAAAAUUAGAAACCUGCAAGAUACCUGUAUUUAUUAAAUAUUUUAAUUGCGAAUGAAGUAUGUUGUUAUGCUGUUACACAUAAUUAUACAUUGAUAAUAAAUAAGAAGACAAUUA